AUGUCGUCGCUCCCGCUUCCUCAAAGCCUCCUGGUUGGCAUCGCAGGAUACCGCCCCUCUGGGUGGCUUCCCAGUGCCCGGCGCCGAACCGGCACGGCCCCAGCUCCUAGACCUUUCAGGCCUCCUCAAGCCGGCGAGGAAUUAGGAUUAUAUGGACUUGAAGCCACUUUGAUCCCUGUUUUAUCAUUUGAGUUUUUGUCUCUUCCCAGUUUCUCGGAGAAGCUGUCUCACCCAGAAGGCUAUGGAGGACUCAUUUUUACCAGCCCCCGAGCAGCGGAAGCUGUGGAGCUGUGUUUGGAGGAAGACAGCAAAACUGAAGCCUGGAAGAAGUCCCUGAAAGAAAGAUGGAAUGCCAAGUCGGUGUAUGUGGUCGGCAGUGCUACCGCUUCUCUCGUGAAUAAAAUUGGCCUGCAUACAGAAGGAGAAAGCUGUGGAAAUGCAGAAAAGCUUGCAGAAUAUAUUUGUUCCAGGGAGUCAGCAGCCUUGCCUCUUCUGUUUCCUUGUGGAACCCUCAAAGGAGAAAUCCUGCCGAAAAUGCUCAAGGACAAAGGGAUUCUCAUGGAAAGCAUCACUGUCUACCAGAAGAUUCCACACCCGGGAAUCCAAGUGAACCUGAAUAGCUACUAUUCCAAGCAGGGCGUUCCAGCCAGCAUCGCAUUUUUCAGUCCCUCUGGCCUUACGUACAGUCUCAAGCAUAUUCAAGAGUUAUCUGGUGACAACAUUCAUCAAAUUAAGUUUGCAGCCAUCGGCCCCACCACCGCCCGCGCCCUGGCCGCGCAGGGCCUGCCUGUGAGCUGCACGGCUGCGAGCCCCACUCCGCACGCGCUGGCCGCUGGCAUCAGGACGGCGCUCCAGCCCCACAGCUGCUGAGUCAGCCGCCCCGGCGGCCGCCCUGGGCCGGGCUGCUGCCUCUGGGGUGUGAGGUAUCUGUCCUCAAACGCCUGCCUCAUGCCUGAGCAAUCGGGACUCCACCGGGGGCUGGCAUCAGGCCCCCGCACACCGCCCUUCCCUCCGUGCAGGCCACUCGGACCCUGUCCCGCACAUGCCGGCACCCAGGCCCUGCGCCAUCUUCCUCCGGCAGAGGGAGGAAAUCAAAUAAACCACACUGGCUACUUGUGCAGA